CGAAGGUAUUAUAUAUAAUCUACGACUGCCGCGGGGUUGUCCUCUUCCAUCACUCUAUUCUAGUAACAAAAACUUCCAACUUCUGACAGACAAAAUGCGCGCUGCUGUGCUUGGACUGAUUGCAUGUGUGCACAGCGUGCUGGCGCUCUCUCUGCAGAAGCGCGAUGUUCCGGCUGUGCUCGAACUGCCUCUGCAACGCCGCGCAGGUCCUCCUCCUCUGCAGAAACGAUCCUCGGUGGUCAACGUGGAGAUCGUGAACCAGGCGUAUAUGUACUAUUCCUUGAACCUCAGCCUCGGCACUCCCGAGCAGCACUUCCAGUUCUCCCUCGACACCGGCAGCAGUGACCUGUGGGUGAACGUCGCCAAUUCCUCCGAAUGCUCAGCCAAGGGCGACCCCUGCGCUGCCUACGGCGUGUACAAUGCCAGCGCCUCGUCGACGUACGAAGCCCUGGACACCUCCUUCAACAUCACGUACGCCGACGGCACGAACGCGUACGGGCCGUAUGCGGCGGACAAGCUGGUGAUCGGCGACACAACGAUCGAGAAGAUGCAGUUUGCCAUUGCGGAGCAGUCUACCGACGAUCAGGGGAUUCUCGGCGUGGGAUACGAGAUCUCGACCUACCAGGCCGAACACGACGGCAAAACGUAUCCCAACUUCCCCCAGGCGCUGGUGAACAGUGGCGCCAUCAAGUCGGCAGCAUACAGUCUCUACCUGAACGCAUUGAACGCCAGUUCAGGCUCCAUCCUGUUUGGCGGCGUCAACAAGGCGAAAUACACCGGCGAGCUCAAGACCGUCCCGAUUGUCCCGGUCUACGACAACUACUACUCUCUCGCCAUUGCCUUGACGGAGGUGUCGGUUGAGAAGGCUGGAUCCAAGACGACCAGCUUCACCACCGACCUGCCUCUGGCCGUGUCGCUGGACUGCGGCAGCGUCUUCACCGCGCUGCCCGAGAAGCUGGUGGACCCGAUCUACAAGGUGCUGGAUGCCGCCUACGACAGCAGCGACGGGGUUGCGUAUAUCGACUGCUCCGCCGCCGAAAAGGACUACAACAUCACCUACAGCUUCUCCGGGGCCACGGUGACCGUCGGGAUCAGCCAGCUGGUGCUCCCGAUCGCAGAACCGGAUUUCUCCAAGGGCUCGUGUAUCUUUGGCCUCGUCCCCAGUGAGCCGGGCGUCAACCUCAUGGGCGACACCUUCCUGCGCAGCGCCUAUGUGGUCUACGACAUGGGCAACAACGAGAUCUCCCUGGCAAACGCCAACUUUGCCCCCGGCGACGACGACGACAUCCUGGAAAUCGGCACUGGCACGGCUGCUGUCCCGGGCGCGACGCUGGUUCCCUCGGCUGUAUCGUCGGCCACAGGGAAUGGCGUCGCCGCCACGACUGUCUCAGCCGUCACCAUCACCGGCACCGUCGAACCGACAGAAACGUCUGACUCUGGAUCAUCCGGAUCAUCUGGAUCGGCCACAAGUGCCUCGUCCAAGGGGAUGGGGGUCAUACCUACCGCUCACCCCGGCCUGCUCCCGGCCUUGGCUGGUGUUGUCUUUUUGGCCCUAUAG